AUGACUAUCCUUGUGUCAUCUCCCUUCACACAGUCCUCAGGUCGUGCGGAUCAGUGCAAUGCCAUAUUCCAGUUCAGCAAUUCACUUGCAAUAGCCACCAGGAUUGAGUCCAGUUAUUACUGCAAUGCAAACUUCUAUAAUUGGACCUCUUAUCCAAGGACUGCCUCUUGGAGGAGAGGUACCGACUGCUGCACGUGGGAAGGAAUAAUGUGCGACAGCGUAACAGGAGAUGUGAUCGAAGUCAACCUUAGCUGUAGUCCUCUCCAAGGGACGCUCCACGUUAACAGCACUCUCUUCUCGCUUCAUAAUCUUCGUUCCCUCUACCUCCAAGGUAAUGGUCUCACUGGGCACAUCCCAUCAUCCAUUUGUCAAAUGAGUUCCCUGGAAACCCUGUCUUUUAUAGAUAACAAGCUUGACCGACCCAUCCCACCAUGUUUGGGAAACCUGACCAAAAUCUCGUCCUUGGGCUUGAGUUAUAACCAUAUACGAGGUUCAUUGCCAAGAUCCCUAGCAAACUGUACCGGGUUGGAAAAUCUUUUCCUUUACUCGAAUGACAUAACCGAUUCUUUUCCACACUGGCUUAGAACAGUUCCACUACGGAAACUGGUUCUGGGUGAUAACAACUUCCAUGGCUCAGUUGGAGCUGAUCCUUUAGCACUUAACUUCCCUCUUCUCAACGAUCUGCUCCUCACUUUCAGUAAUUUCACCGGCAGCUUGCCGUUUGAUUAUUUUCUGCACUCAAACUUGACAUAUAUUUACCUAUCUGAAAACAAGUUUGAAGGCAAUCUGCCGAUUUUACCACCCACAGUUGAAGUGUAUGACAUCUCAGGGAAUAAGUUUACAGGAGGGAUCCCUCCUCUGAUAUGCAAUUCUACAAAUCUCAAGCUCAUUAGGAUGUCAAAUAAUAGGUUGACGGGCAGCAUACCUUGGUGUCUCGUGAAAGCGAGUACCGACCUGUUGGAGCUCACCCUAUCUAUGAAUUCCUUUCAAGGCCCAAUACCAAAUAUAUCAGCUCUGAACAACUGCAGUUUGAAGAAAUUUGACUUGUCGGAAAACAAUUUAGAAGGUAAAUUGCCACGUUUCUUGGCAAAUUACAGCAACCUGGAAGUAUUAGAUUUCAGCAACAAUGAACUCGAGGAUUUGUUUCCCAGCUGGCUUGAAGCUCUCCCGAGCCUCUACGUCCUGGGUUUAAGGUCGAACAAGUUCCAUGGUCUAGUAAAAAGUAGCAGACCGGCUCAACCCUUUCCCAGGCUGCACAUUUUUGACAUCUCCAAUAACAAUUUCUCUGGUGCUUUUCCAAUUCAGUAUAUUGCUAGUUUCAAAGGCAUGAUGGGUGGAGACGACAGGCGUGGGAACCUAUUAUAUCAGGAAGAGGGCGUCAGAAGUUUUUAUACUACACAUGUGAUCGAGAAAGGGAAUAUGUUCUCUUAG